AUCCUUAUAUUUCAUUGUUGCUUCUGCUCAACUAUCGACAAAACAUGGCAUCUGCAGGGCUCCAGAUUUUGGCCAUCUUUUUGGCAAGCGUCGGCUUUCUGGGAGAUAUCAUCAUCUGCGCCCUGCCCAUGUGGAAGGUGUCUGCUUUCAUUGGGACCAACAUUGUGACGGCGCAGACCUUUUGGGAGGGCCUGUGGAUGAACUGUGUGAUGCAGAGCACUGGACAGAUGCAGUGCAAGGUCUACGACUCCCUGCUGGCUCUUCCCGCUGACUUGCAAGCUGCCCGGGCCCUGGUUGUGAUCUCCAUCCUGGUCGUCUUCAUGGGAAUCAUGCUCGCUGUCGUAGGGGGAAAAUGCACCAACUGCAUCGAAGAUGAGGGGGCCAAGAGCAAGGUGGCCAUUGCUGCGGGCGUGUUCUUCAUAGUUGGUAGUAUACUGUGCCUGAUCCCUGUGUCCUGGUCUGCCAACACUAUCAUCAGAAACUUCUACAACCCCACUAUGAUCGAUGCACAGAGGAGGGAGCUCGGGGCGUCGCUGUUCAUCGGUUGGGCGUCAUCAGGACUUCUGUUGCUUGGAGGUGCACUUCUCUGCUGCCAGUGUCCGAAGAAUAAGGAUAGAGGAUACUCUGCGAAAUAUUCAGCCCCACGUUCAGCAGCCAGCAGAGGCGCCUAUGUUUAAAAUGUCUGGAUACCUGUCUUCCUCUAGGAAACUGGACGGAACUCUUAAUGUUUUAAAGUCUUAACUUAUGAUUUCAAAUGUUUUACUAAUUUUAUUUAAAUAAAAAUUUUAAUAUCAUAA